AUGUCCAGAUCAUUACGCACCCUCCAAGCCUCCCUCAAGCAAAGUACCCGCUCCUUCGCAUCAUCAGCGCCAUCCUCGUCGGCCUAUCCCUUCAACCCCGCUGCUCUCCAAAAGUCGUCACCAGCUCCUUCCAACCCCCCUCCCCAAAAUCUUCUUACGCCAAAGAACGGCUGGUCUCUGAUCACGCACCUCAACAAAUCCAUUCCCCCCUCCCCUUAUGCCCACCUCUUUGCUCGUCGCGGGGCCGACCGUCUGCCCACAGGCUCCGUCCUGACAGUCGUGACCUACUCUGACCCACAAAAGAAGAGUAUCAGUCCCUUCAGUGGGGUGCUCAUGGGUGUCAACAGGGGAGGGGUGGAUACGAGCUUUAGACUGAGAAAUAUCGUGAACAGGGCGGGCGUGGAGAUGACGUUCAAGUUGAACAGCCCGAUGAUCAAGGAGAUCAAGAUUGUCAAGCGGGCUGAGAAGGGCAAGGGGCAACUGAGGGAUUUAAAGAGAGCCAAGGUCAACUACUUGAGGGAGAGACCGAGUGUCAUGGCGGCCAUCGCCCGGGCGUUGAAGUCGGCCAAGGCAGAGGAGGCGGCGGCAGCCAAGGAGUCGUCGUAG